AUGGUCAACCUGUGCCAAACCAUGGCGAACCUUGUGAAGAAGUUCAAGCGAAAGCGGAGGAUGUCGUCGGAGCUGCACUCUCGAUGGGGCGAUGUGUCUAUCAGCUAUCCCAUCCACGGGUCCUGGAACCAGUGGGACCAACCCUCUGGUUUCGCCGCCAAUUCAUCAACAGAAGCACCACCCAUUAAUCAGGACGACAUCAGGAGGCGGUAUAUGCCCGUGGACCCAACGUCACGGUCGACCUCCGGGGAAUCUGGUGGACUACAUUCUCGCGGCGAAGCCACCCUUGAAGACUCAAUACAGCCCAGUCCGCCCUUCCCGACGGGCCACUUCGAUGAAAGUGUUCGACACCGCUAUGGAAAGAACAACAAACCGCGAUUGAAAGGCCUGGGGAUUAGUGGUACUCGACGCGACCCCGGCUCUAUCCCCGAUGCGGCUACCGAGUCAUGCGACGAGGACGAGGAGCGCGAUACUCUAGGUGUCCAGCUAAGCCGGCGAGACGAUGCGAUAGGUGACAUGCCGCAGUAUGCUUCAAGACACGACCCGGAGCUGUAUGCAGAUCGCGAAUCAAGAUCGCCGCCAUUAUCCGUCACGUCGCGCAUGCGCCGCUGUAGUCUCCAGAGCUGCUCGACGGAACUAUCCACAACCGGCUCCAGACAUACCAGCUAUACUGCAGCCUCCUCUGUCUCGGCACCAUCAGUGCACCCUGAUACGCCGCGGUUCGCAUACAAUACGAUGCACUCGGCUCAUUCGGAGAAACGGCACCCGCCCCGUCCCAAGCAUCGGGAACCCUCGCCUGGGGCUCGACAGCAGAUGGUGCCGUCCUACGAUGAGCUUUACGGCUAA